CCCCCUGGAGGGCAGACGACGUUCUCUGACUAUGCAGAGUCUUUGUCCAUUCCUGUAUAGUCUCCAGUCUCGAUGAGGGGGAGAUUGGUGAUUCUGCAGGUGAUGGCGGUGGUACCGUGAGUCACCUCGCGUGUGCCUCGUUCUCUAAUUCCUCCUCCCUAGCCGUCUCCGCGCGGUGAGCGUGCAGGCUUUAGCAGUAGCCAGGAGGAGGCGGAGCGGACCGGCAGUUUCAUGUUCUUCCUACUUCCACCCUUCCUCUUUCUUGCGCCUUCCUUUCGUUCUUCUGCGUGUAGCGCGUCUUGUUCCGCGUUGCUGCCGCAGAAGGGAAGCGGUAGUGGCGCCGCCACCUUCUUGAUCUUCGCUCUCCAGAAACAGUCCAGAGCCACCUGCAGCGUCUUUGGCAUCGUCUGUGGGGUUUCUCGCUCCAUUCCCCCCUCUCCACGAACAGCAUUGAAAUGGCUCAGGAGACAAACCAGACCCCAGGGCCCAUGCUGUGUAGUACAGGAUGUGGAUUUUAUGGAAAUCCUAGGACAAAUGGGAUGUGUUCUGUUUGCUACAAAGAGCAUCUUCAGCGACAGCAGAAUAGUGGUAGAAUCAGCCCAAUGGGUAAAGGGGCAGCUAGUGGUUCAAACAGUUCUACCUCAGACUCUGCAUCUGUACCGAGAGCAGACACUAGCUUAAACAACUGUGAAGGUACUGCUAGUAGCACAUCUGAAAAGUCAAGAAAUGUGUUUGGUGCCACUUCACCUGUAAUGCAGCAGAUGACAGAAAUGAGCAUUUCAAGAGAGGAAAAAGUAUCACCAAAUACAGAGACCAAGCCAGUUGUUACUCAGCCAAUCCCGUUGGUUUCUCAAUCUAGAACUUUGAAGAGUGAAGAGAAAGCUUCUGAAUUGCCUAAACCAAAGAAAAACAGAUGCUUCAUGUGCAGAAAGAAGGUUGGCCUUACAGGAUUUGAUUGCCGAUGUGGAAACUUGUUUUGUGGACUUCACCGUUAUUCUGACAAGCAUAACUGCCCAUAUGAUUACAAAACAGAAGCUGCAGCAAAAAUCAGGAAAGAGAAUCCAGUUGUGGUGGCUGAAAAAAUCCAGAGAAUAUAAACUAGCCUACUUGUGAAAAGAUUGACUUUUGUUUCAAUUUAAUAUUCCCUAGGAAAGCAUUAAAGAGCAGAUGCAUGGCCAUCUUCCUUUGUUCUCCAAAGUUUUAUUUUUUGCCUUGUCUUAAUGAUGUUUCAGAAUAUGUGGUUGUUUAUUAAGGUAACACUGGAUAGAUACAGUCCUUGAAAAUGCAUUUUCUCUCCUCAGAAAAUGAUCAUAGAAUUAGAGUGCUAGGAGUUGGAAGUGACCUGUUCCAGCCUGUUCCAGUGCUCCACCACCCUUACAGUAAAGAAGUUUUUCCUCAUGUUGAGUCAGAAAUUCCUGUGUUCCAGUUUGUAUCCAUUGCCCCUCAUCCUAUCUCCAGACACCACUGAAGAGACUGGCACCUUCUUCUUGACACCUACCCUUCAGAAAUUUGUAAACAUUAAUAAGAUUCCCUCUCAGUUUUCUCUUCUCCAGAAUAAACAGCCCCAGGUCUCUCAGUCUUUCCUCAUAAGACAUGUUCCUGACCUUUAAUCAUCCUCCUAGCCCUCUGUUGAACGCUCUCUAGUAUAUCCUUCUUCCCAUUGAACUGGGGACCCCAGAAUUGGAUGCAAUACACCAGAUGUGGGCUCACUAGGGCAGAGUACAGGGGGAAGAGAACCUCCCUUGACCUGCUAGCCACACUUAAUGCACCUCAGCAUACCAUUUACCUUCCUGGCCACAAGGGCACAUUUCUGUCCCAUGGAUAGCUUAUUGUUCCCUUGGACUUCUCCAUGGAGCUGCUUUCCAGCAGAUCAACCCCUAAUCUGUACUUAUGCAUGGCAGUGUUCCUCCCCAGGUGCAAAACUUAACACUUAUUCUUGUUGAAGUUCAUUAGAUUCCCCUUUACCCAGCUCUUCAGUCUGUUCAAAUCUCUGAAUGGCUGCACAGCCUUCUGGUGUGUCAGCCAAUCCUCCCAGUUUCAUAUAAUCAGCAAACUUGCUGAGAGUACACUCUAUCCCUUCAUCCAGUUCAUUGAUGAAGAUGUUGAAUAAGACUAAAUCCAGUACUGACCCCCAGGGAACACUGCUAGUUACAGGUCUCCAACUGGGCUCUGAGUUCUGUUGUUUAUCCAAUUCUCAAUACAUCUCAACAUCUACUCUUCUAACCCAGACAUCCUGAACUUGCCUACAUGGAUGUUAUGGGAGACACUGUCAAAACUUUCACUAAAGUCAAGGUAGACAUCCACUGCUCUCUGCAUCUACCCAUUCAGUCACAUAAUCACAGAAGGUUAUCAGAUUGGUCAAACAUUAUUUCCCCUUGGAAAAACCAUGCUGGCUACUCCUGGUAAACUUCUUUUCUUCUAUGUGCUUAGAAAUGACCUUCAGAAUGAGCUUCUCCGUCACCUUUCCAGGGAUGGAGAUGAGGCUGACUGAUCUGUAGUUUCCUUCUUGCCCUUUUUGAAGACUCUAGUGACAUUGUCUUUCUUCCAAUCCUCAGGCACCUCUGCCAUUUUCCAUCAUUGAAAAUAAUGGACCAACAACAUCAGCCAGCUCUCUCAGCACUCGUGGGUGCAUCCCAUUAGAGCCCAUGGAUUUGUGCAUGUUCAGUUUACUCAGACGAUGUCUAACCCAAUCCUUGUUGAUCAGUGGAGAGUCUUUCUUCCACCAGGCUUUCUCUCUUACUUCCAGGGUCUGGGACUCCUGAAGGCUGGUCCUAGCAGUAAAGACUGAAGCAAAAAAGGCAUUCAGCAACUCCUCCUCUGCAUCGUCUCACCAGGGCUCCCACAUCAUUCAGCAACAGCCCACAUUGUCCCUAUUCUUCCUUUUGCCACUGAUGUAUUUGAAGAAAUCCCUCUUGUUCUCUUUUACUUCCUUUGCCAGAUUUAAUUCUAAGAGGGCUUUGGCCUUCUUUGUCACAUCUCUACAUACCCUGCUAGUGUUCCUAUAAUUCUCCCAAAUGACCAGUCCCUUUUUCCACAUGUUGUGAAUUUCUUUCUUCCACACGAUUUUUUUCAGCAUCUCCUUGCUCAUCCGUACAGGUCUUCCUCCUCCAUAGGAAUACAUCUUAGAGUAAGUGAUGUUUGAAUAUUAACCAUAUCUUUUGGGUUCCCCUACCUUCCAGAGUUUUAGCCCACAGGAUUCAUCCAAGCAGGUCUUUGAAGAGGACAAAUUUAGCUUUCCCAAAGUCCAGGGUUGCAAUCCUAAUUGUUGUCCUGCUUCUUCCUCAUAUGAUACUAAACUGCUGCCAAGGCUGCUCCCAACUUUUAUAUCCCCAGCCAGACUUUUUUGUUUGCUAAUAUAAGGUUCAUCAGUGCACUGCUCCUCAUUGACUCCACCACCACCUGCAUCAGUAAGUUAUCGUCAAUGCACUGCAAGAGUCUUCUGGACUGAGUAUGCCUGGCUAUGUGGCCUUUCCAACAUAUACCAGGGUGAUUGAAGUUAUUCAUGAGUACCAGGGCAUGUGAUCUGGAGGCUUCUUCCAGCUCUCUGUAGAAGGCCUCAUCAACAUCUUCUUCCUGGUUUUCCACAGCAUGACUGAAUGAUCAGAACCUGCACAGAAAUACACAUGCACAGAGGACAGGCUCUAGUUCACUUGUGCCAAACAGAUGUAUACUACCUGCAUGUUUAUCACAUCUGCUUUUUGAGAUGUUCAAGGUGUAUAACACUAACCAAAGACUAUGUGCCUGUUUGGGAGAAAGAUAUGUCAGAAAGGUUGGUGGCCUACUUCUGUCAUUUGAAAUGUUGUCCUACUCUUAGUUUCCAUACUCCAUUGUUUUCCAGCAGAAUGUAAGCCAUGUAGAGUGCACUACCUUUCCAGUAAGAUGAGUGUUGGUGGCAUAUUUAAUAAAAAAACAUUUAACACUUGCAGUGGGAAAAUUUGAAAAAAUCAGAUAUGUAUGAGAAGAAAACUAUUUUGGAAUAGAUUACAUUAACUUUAGAAUCAUGAAAAUAGUUUCCCAAAGGAAAUGUCCUGUUAGAAACUUAAGAACUGAUUUGCAACAAUUGUUUACUUUGUUUGCAUAGCUAAAAAUAUUGUGUAGUAAAAUAUUGUGCUAAGAUUGACUUGCACAACAGAAACAUGUGGGGUUUUUAGACAUACCACAGAGGUUCUACUGAGUGACACAUGCAUCUGUGUAAUUUGCAGAAGUAUUAGAAGUAUUUGAGCAGUUUAUUACUCCUGUACUUCUUAAAUUUAGUGUGUUCUGGGUUAAAAAAAUAAUAUUAGGAGCUGUUUACAUUUUAAAAAAGAAGCUUUAAAUGUAACAACUGCACGUGAAAUAAUUAUUGGAUAUGGAAAACCAUACCAAACAUGACUCCUGUAGACUUAAGUGGGAACUGGAACCACUAUUGGAGGUCUGCUGUAUCAUUUUUAAUUGUACUUGGAUGUAGGACUGUAGUGUUCUUGGGUGUAUUGCAUGGGCUCAAUUUUCUACAUCUCUAGAAAGGACAGUAGAGUUCACUGAUGCUUUUCUGGUAAUAUCACUUCUGUGUUAUAAUGGAAGGAGUUUCUGUGAUGUGUGAAACUUGUGGGUUUUUUUAUAUAAUCAAGUAUAGCGUAUACUGAUGUUACAGCAAUGCCUCUUCUCAUCUGUAAAUAGUUGUGCAUGUACACAAGAUGCUACUUCUGACUUUUGUUGCAGUGUUAGUUUUUUAAUUCACCAUUAAAAACCAUCAGGCUUCUUCUUUAACUUUUUUCUUUCAAUUUAGUUAUCAGAUAUGCAAAUGUGUACAGAUAGUUCUUACUUAGGUACUGUACAUAAUCAAACUAUUCAGCAUCUAUGCUCUGUUGUGUUAUGUAAACAAUAAACAUCACGUACAGAAGAAAA